AGCCCACUACAUGGCAUCAUUUUAGCAGGCUAUUCUUCGCUGUCGCGGCGUCGUUUGAGGCAGAUAAGGGUAUAAAGCACAAGUUUCGCCAUGGCGAUGGAGGGAAGCCACCGUCUACUGGUGCAAAUAUGGGAUAAGCACAGUGAUUUACAUUAUCCAAAAGGCUUCAUGCUUACUGCUUGAUUUGAGUACCUCUCUUUUCCCUUUGAAUUGCUUAUUACUACUCUCAAACUUAUCUACUAGCUUCCGAUUCUAUAGUUCUAAUGUACACAAGAUACUCUAAUAUUGCUAAAAUCCAGGCAUUUUCAAUGGUGUUUAGGGUUUCUCGAAAUCUCAGAUGCUUUGAACUAUUUCACACCGCAAAGGCCCAAUCUUUGCCAAUCGGGUUCCAUUUAAAACCCCCAUUAAACCCUAAAUGCGUCUGCUUUACAGCACUUAAGCUAGAGUUUGAUUACAAGUCACAUAAAACUUCAACUAUGUGUCAGUGUAAAUACAGAGAAAUGGGUAAUAUAGCUAAAGGUGGAAGUGUUUCAAAUGGGUUUAGGCUUAUAAGUGCCGUACCAUGUUGUAGUGUGCUGAGAGCUAGAAGUUUUUCUAGUUCAUAUUCCCAGGGAAUUGGUAAAGGGAGUCCUGCAUUGAAAGCUGGAAAGUCACUUCCUUGGUUAAGUUCUGACAAAGUUGAGGCAACGAAAGGGUUUGAGAAAAGGGCAAGUGCAAACAUCAGUCGUUCUCAUUGGGAGGAAUCGACCAAAAGAUUGGAGAAAGUCACUACUGGCUCUUCAUGGCAGGAAUCGGUUAAAAGGUUAGAGAAAGGAGCAGUUGCCAAAACUCACUCCUUGUCUCGGGAGGAGCCUGCAAAAGGGUUAGAGAAAGGGGCAGUUACAAGAAGUGCUCGAUCUUCUUGGAAGGAUUCAGUGGAAACUGCUUUGGAGAAGAAGAGCAAUUAUACGGUGAGGAAUAAAGAAAAUAGAAAUAGAAUGUUGGGUGGGGUGAAGGACAGGAAGUAUGACAAUGGUUACAAAGAAAGGAACGAUAGUGUUGAUGAAGAGGAAGAUGAAUUGGAUGUUGUUGAUGAUCCCAGAUGGGAUAAGAUAAAAAACACGUUCAAAGGAAUGGCAGAUGUGAAAGGUAGGACUGAGAAGCCUGCGCUUCAAAGGUGGAAUAAGCAGGAAAAUUGGGGUAGAAAGACAUGGGGAGAAGCUACUGAAUCAACUGUACCUAAGAUGGUUGGCGAAGGGGUUUAUGGGGUAGGUCCUGUUUUGGCUGCACUUUCAGCUGGUAGAAGAGAAUUCUAUGCAUUGUAUGUUCAAGAAGGAUUGGAUUUGAGUGGUAAUAACAAGAAGAAGAAGGACAAGAAAGGGAUUGAUAAGGUGUUGAGGAUGGCUGAAAAAAUUGGGUUAAGCAUAAAGGAAGUUUCAAAACAUGAUCUGAAUAUGGUUGUUGAUAAUCGCCCCCACCAGGGCCUAGUGUUGGAUGCUUCACCAUUGGAGAUGGUGAAAAUAAAGGAGUUGGAGCCUGUUUUGCCUGAGGAUGAGAAAGGUUCUCUUUGGGUAGCUUUGGAUGAGGUUACAGAUCCCCAGAACUUGGGGGCAAUUAUUAGGUCUGCUUACUUCUUUGGGGCUUCAGGGGUGGUGCUAUGUGCAAAAAAUUCAGCUCCUUUAAGUGGGGUUGUCAGCAAAGCAAGUGCAGGAUCACUUGAACUAAUGGAGCUCAGGUAUUGCAAGAAUAUGAUGCAGUUCCUAGUAUCUUCCGCUGAAAAUGGGUGGCGAGUUCUUGGAGGUUCUGUUUCUCCAAAAGCUGUUUCCUUGAAUGAAAUUUUGCCUGGUGAACCCACAAUUCUUGUUUUGGGUAGUGAGGGUGCUGGCAUGAGGCCAUUAGUCGAGAGAUCAUGUACCCAUUUAGUUCGGAUCCCUGAAAAUAUUCCUGUGGAUGUAACAUUGGGAGGGAAUGAUGGUUUGGAACCUGAAGAAACAAAUCUUGAGCGCUCAAGUGAAGAGUACCGGUCCUUUUUGGCCGUGGAGAGUUUGAAUGUCAGUGUUGCUGCUGGUGUGCUUCUUCACCACUUAAUUGGUAGCAACAACAAUGAUGAGGUAAAUGAUGACAUGGGCUUAGAAUCACUGAAGUUUUGCCAACAAAUCAAUGGUGGAAAGCUAAUGAAAAAAGAAAAGAAAGGUUCCUGCACGUUUGCAGUCUACCAAAAUAAUAGACAGAAGAAGCAGCUAGCUAUGGACAAGUUUCCCAUUUGAUUUACCAAAUGCAGGGAAAAGUCCAUUUCCUUGGCUGUGUUGCAUAAAGCUGUCUAUACUAAUUUCAUGUCCAUGAUGAACAUGGCCACCUUCUCUCUAAUAUUCAUUAAGGUCAUAAUGGAUUGCCACCUAAGCUUGGGCCCUCCACCCCUUCCUCUUGCUGCUAAGUUGUUUUAUUUU